UGAUAAGUGGCUCCAGCCCUUUCCAUGACAGCAUGAAAGACAAGAGUUACUCGCCAAGAAGGAGCUGUGUUUAUAUCAAGUGCAUACUUUCACUGAAAAUAAUCCAAGAAAUGUUUCAUGAUGACGGCAACGCUGCACUCAGUCAAGAUGGCCGCAUGUCUCCAGCAAGACGGAGACUCGAGUGAUCCCGACAAUUCUGGACCUUCUUCACUCUCACAGUUCUUAAAGCAACAGUCAAGUGGCAUCCAAGUAGGCGCAUUAAACUCAAGCGAUACUCCCGAGACCAUCAAACUGAAGGGUGACAAGGCCUAUGAUGAAGUGCUAAAGUAUCAAGAAGAUGAACUCCGAAAUCUUUUGGAAGAAGUUACUAAUGCAGGGAAGAGAAAAGAUAAAAGUUCUCUUUCUCCUCAUGCUCUGGCAUUGAUCCAGAAAGAACAAGAUGCUCUCAGGGAAGAAUCCAGUUCUGGUGAUGAUACCAGAGAUCUUAUUCAGAGGUGUAGGAACAAAAAGUUUUUAGGACGAAGACAUCAAUCAAGUGGGGACCAACAAUCUGCCGCAGCAUGCACAAGCACGGGAGGUUCUCUUGGCUCUCUUCAUGACCUUUCUGAGACAAAACAGCCCAAGAAGGUUGCUGGACCUAACCAGGGUGUGGCAUCUCGCUGCAGAGAAGGGGGAUCGUGUGGUAAUCUGUCAAGAGGUUCAUUUGAGACUCAACCUCCACGAAAGAAGAAGGGGAGGCGAUGCAGAGAUGCAGCCAGGGCCAGUGCCAGCCAGCGAGAGGGGGGCUCUUUACAAAACCUGAGCAAAACUGAAGCUGCUUCUAGUGACUCUAAAAAGCUACAUAAAUCUGGCAGCUUGAGCCAUGUGUGCUCCGAAGUAAACAGUGGUGCACGGAGUAAGAACCGGCGACAAAAGACAGCCAGUGAGAGCUCCAGUAGCAAGUAUCCACGGCACUUGGAAGAUAGGGAAAGAGGUGAUGACAGCUCUGAAGAUGAGGAUAAUAACUGUGUUCGUCCCAAACACCAAGUGCCCCUUGGUUCAGAGGGUGUUUUCCCUCCUGAAGGUGUAGGUGGGGCCUCUGGAGGAAUUCGCCCUGAUCCAAGCCAUACACAUGAUUCUGUUUCGGAUGUUGCUUCUGAAGGAGAAUCAACAGAUGAAGAAAUUGAUCCAAGAGUCUUCACAGGAAGAAAAUGUUCAAAUAUACCAAUUGAAAAAAAUGGAAUAGAACUUCAGACUGUAAAGUGCCAUAGAUCUGAGUUUGAAUUUGACAAGAUUCAUACUGAGGUAGACAAAGAGAUCAACUUCAGUCUUUCACGAUCGCAGGGGGAUACCAUGCUUGGUUCAGGACAUCGUACAUUGCUACUCCAGAACUCUCAGUCGGUGACCUCAGUCUUCAAGGAGGAAAAAUCCUCCAAUAAAUGUACAGAAGAAGAAAAUUCUUGCAAACGUAAACUGACAGGCAACAAAAGUGAAAUGGGGAGUUGUGAGAAUAAAGCUUCCCUUGAUGAAAAUGGGAAUCCUGUUAUGUCUACAUCAAGUGGCUCAACAAAUCCCACAGUCUUGGCUGGAGAACGUCCUAGCACAGUUCUGCAGACCACAUCACGUAAGAAUGUCAUCAACCUAAAGGAUGCGAGUCGCUUCGAUCGUGUGAAAGCCAGAAAUGACAAGAAAAAGGCUAACAGAGAAAAAGACAUUGUGAACAUCAGUGAAACACCAGGCUUUUGUGGAGAUCAGGACCUUAAUGAUAUUUUGAAAUUUCUUGGAGCUGAUGUUGACAACACAAAUGUGAAGAACAGAAAGAAACACAAAGGAAAGAAAGAAGAUUGUAAAGAUGAUAAAGAAAUUAAAAAGAAAUGUAAAAAUACAGACAAAGCAUGUGAAGAAGGUGUUGAUAAAACUAACAAGAAUGAGGAAGGUAGAUAUAAGAUUGAUGACGAAAGCAGUAAUUCACUUGGUGAUGCGGCAAGAGAGAACAUGAGAAAGAGCAAAGAGAAAGAAGAAGAAAAGAAAUCUAGUAAGAAAAACAAAAAUGAUUCCAAAAAGACCAAGAAAAAUCCUGGUACGUUACGGGAAUCAAGUAGCAUGGAAGAUCUUGUGUCAAAAAGCAAACAGAGUGAUAGUGUGCGUGAUAUACGAAAGCAAGUGACUGUAGAUGAUGGGAAUAUGGCCCUCAGUAGCUUGAAUACAUAUCACAGUAAUAAGAAAGACAAGUUUGAUAACUUACUGAAAAAUAGAUCAUUCAUCAAAGAAACAGAAUUAGAUAGUGUUGAUAAUGAUGCUGACCACAAAAAAUCAGAUUUUGUAGCAGAUUUUUAUAGUGUUGGUGACUCGUUCUUAACUGCAGAUAUUCCUUUAAGCCCAUCAUCUCCGGCUGGUGGUGACUUUGAAGUUGUAGGCAGUAAGAAAAAGGGUAAAAGAUCUAAAAAUGGCUAUCAGAACUCGAAAAGCUUUGAAUGUGAUCGAUUUAGUGGCAAUAGUAACUUUUCUGGAAGUGCCCAUGGUGAAGAAGGCUUCAGAGGUUCCCGGUUUGGUCAUGCUAAGCCAGGUCACCACUAUAAUGGAAGCUUUGAACGGCCUCAUAUCAACUUUGUGGAAGUGCCCCGGACAGCCCACGAGAACACCUUCAUUGCUCAGUGGUCUCACCUGGGUGUUGGGGACAGGUAUGGGGCUGAGCGCUAUACUGUCACAACCACAAGUGCCCCUCACAGCGAAGAUUCUGGAUCAGAUGGGGAUGACUCUGUACACUCCAUGCCUGUUCCUUCCAUAACCCCUAGACCAGAUGUUCGCAAACCACCGCCUUCCUCCGACUCUACACCUCAAACAUCAUAUGCAAAUAUAGCAAAGCUUGCUGCUACUGCAAAUCGUGCGCAAAUGAAGAGGAUGAUGACUUCCUCUUCAGUUCAGACUGGUACUACUACUCUUAGAGAACUUGAGGGGGAACCAUUGUUGAGUGAAAAUGCUGAAAUUACAGAAACAAGAUUACCCUCUGUGAAUGAGUCUCGCCCUACUAAUAUUUUAGAUGACAAUUUUCCUUCUUUAGCGGAAAGUUUAGGAUGCAUAUCUUGUCCUAGUGCAAUGUCUCAUGUGAAAACAAAUGAAUCACGGACCAAUCAGUUAAGUGAGAGUUCCACAGGCCAAUCUGGCUAUGCAGGGAUAACAGAAAGUAAUGAUCAGUGCAAGGAAUCUUUUGAGAGUGAAAGUAUAGCAAUCCAAAAGGAAGCUGUUAACUUAUUAAUGCCAGAUAAGAAAACAACAAUGGAAAAAUCACCAAAGCUGCCCAGUGAACUUGUAAAGCCUAUGCAAUCCCAUGUAGUUCAAGAUAAUGACUCCCAGACUCCCGAUGCACAGCAAAAGCAUCUAACCCAAGAACAACAUAAUCAUCAGCCUGUGAAGCAUCAAGGGCACACUAGUGUAUUUUAUCAGAAAACUGCCACUCAUAUGUCUCAUCCUCCUUCACAUCAGUCCACUCAGCAACAAAGCUCAUAUUCAUCAAACACCUCAGAACAAAAUACCCAAAAGAUGAUUUCACAAGAAGUAGUGACACUACCACAAAAAUCAUUGUCAGCUGCAUCUUUACCACAAGAACAUUCUCAUCAUACUGCUUCACCACAUCCGCCUCAGCAUACUUCACUUGUAUCUCAGCAUAUUACUCCAAAGCAGUAUUCUCAGGCAAGUCAACAGUCACAGCUUGCCUAUCUUAGUCAUUCUAAUGCAGGCAUUCAAUCUAAUGUUGCAGUGUUAAGUAUACAGCCACAGCAUCAUGUAUCUUCACAUAGUAGUUCACAGCCUCCUACACUUGCACAGCACCAGAAGGCAGGCAGUAAUCAGCAAGUAGUACAACCUCAGAGUGGCCCAAAUAAGGAAAAAGUAUCUCCUAGCCAACAAAACAUGUCCAUUCAUCUAAACUCACAUUCCAAGCUCACCCAACAUUCUCAGAAGAAUCCACAUGCUCAGGAGGGCCAGCCAACUCACUCACAUACUCAAAUGGAACAAACCCCUCCAGUGGAACUGAAUUCAGUGGUGAAACCUGUAAAACCACAGAGUGAUAACCCUGGUCCUGAGAGUGGUGGUAGUGAUGACAGGCAGCCUUACUACAAUAGAAAAUCUCAAAACAAGCAGACAAGAAAUGGACCUGCAGGACUUAGUGUUCAGUCAAGUGAUACUAGUCGAGGGAAAAAGCUGGAACCUGCAGUAGUUUUCACAGACAAUGCCAAAUUCAACCAUAGAGUGAGUGGAAUUGAGUUUGGUUUUGGGUUUGAUGAACCUAUAGUGACAACUAGUGAUAAUGACGAUGGUGUUAGUGAAAGUUUAGAGGAUAAUUUGAACUGUAAUAUUAAUAAUAACAACAAUAUUUUGAACAAUCAUACUGUUACUAAAGACUUCAGCAAGUGGUUUAAAGCACCCAAAAAUGACAAGAUCAGCUACAACUAUGAAGAACUCAUCAAACAUGUAUCAAAAGCUUGGGAGGUAACGUUGCAGCUUAUGGAGAAGGAUCCAAAGAACAUCCAGUACUGGAAGGCUGCUGAAAGUAGAGAGGAGGCAUAAUUUUUGUGAGGAAGUUUGUGCCUUAGGGGCAGGAAAAAGGACCAUUGGGAUCAGAAGUCCCCUGUCAUUGAUGAACUACAUCUGUGUGUGCGUGUGAUUGAGAAUGCCUUGAAAAAACACCAGAAUGGGAAAGUGUAUUAUCAGUGCUAGUAAUCUAUGACAUCUCAUACUUACAUAAUUAAAUAUAAGGCGAUCCAAGGUGAUAAAAGAUGUCGUGACUUACAAAGUAAUACUUGUGACAAGCCUUGCACCGUAGUGGAUCAGACGUUAUAUUUGAUGUGGUUUCAUCUGAAUUUAACAGUGAUAUAUGAAUUGUUGAAAUAUUACAAAUAUAUUUACUUGAGUGUCAUUACAAACAUUGUUAUAUCAUUCAUACUUCAUGUGAGAAAUCAGUACUGUUCAUUAGCUCAUUACUGAAAACUAAAAACAAAAAAAAAGAAAAAAAAGAAAGAAGAUACCUUAUGAUCUCUUAAUUUGUCUUUGAAGUAUUUUCUGGACGGAAAUGUGGUGAUAUUACAAGAAUAGCACCUAGUGAUACUACUGGAAAAAGUGUUAUAGCUUAUUGAAGUGAUAUUGUUAUUCCAAAAUACACAUACUCUUAUUAUCGAGUGAAUUUUGGUAUACUAUUUCAUUAAGUGAAAUUACGCUUAAUGUCAGAUACAUAUAAGUGUUGUGACGUUAUUUCUCUUGAAAAUAUAUCAUUGUCAGAAACUGCAUCGUAGAGUCUGCUACAGUGAGUUUGUUUCCAUUAAGACUUGCUCACAGGAAGCACUUGUCAAGGUGGGAAACAAGCUAAAAAAUCCUAAGGCUUUGCUGCUCAUAUUUGAAAAUGCAAGUGCACAGUGUUUCUCUGCAUAUUGUGAUACUUAACAUGCUGUGCUUGAGGUAUAUACCUACAUAAAGUGUCUUUUACAUCUUCUAGUCUCAAGAACUCUGGUAGUGAAGUCUUAGCUAGAGGAUACAGGAGUCUUGUUGAUCAGUGCUCAUGGCACAGAUGGGCUGUGUCAGUCCUCUGGAGAGUGUACAUUAUUGUUAUGUUACACUUGGAACUGGUCAAGAGGCUUUAUACUCUGGGCUUGCACAGGGAAGAAAAUAUUUCAGCAGUGGUGCCUCAGUUUAUAUAAAAUCUUAAUUGUUAACAGAAGUGUUGUCAUCAGUUGUUAACUACUAAGAAAUGCUUUGAAUAUUCACUCUAUCUAAGAGGUACAAUAAAGCACUUGUAAAGAUAUAUUGGAAAGAGUUUUCAGCAAGACAGUGCUAUAUUAGUAGUGUAAAUUGCUGAAUUGAAAAGGUGUACAUGACAUUCCUUUGUCAGUGCUUGCAGCUGUGGAGAGGAGUGAAGGGGUCACGUAGUGGCACAUCUGUGUAUUGACACUAUGUUUAUUCUGGGUAGCUGUUUGUGCCACAUGGGUACAUCUAACUUUUCACCUCCAUGUAUUAAUUGUAACCAUUAGUAUCUUCUAGAAUUGUAUGAUGAUGGAAUUUCAUGUUUUAUUUAUUUUUUCCAAGUCCAGAUUGAAAAGAAAUUAGUCUUCACAUAAUUGUCUUAGUGGAUAAUCUUUCCAUCUUAUGUCCACUGCCAGACUUUCAAGCUCAUUUCUUUGCUGCUUGCAUUUGCUGUGUACAUCUAACCCCAGUGUCACCUGGGCCCACUGUUGACAUGUUAUUUAGGCUGUGUUAAUUUGUUGUGAAGAGUUGCAGUUCUGCAGGACUAAGCUCCUAGCCCAUAGAGAGCCAAGUAGUUUUGUGUAUCAGUGAAUCUAGUGUCUUUGUAAUGGUUACAUAUGCUAUUAAGAAUCAAAAGAGAGUGGUACUAUCUGCAGUACAGUGAGGAAUUUUAAGAAAGGAAAAACUUAAAUAUCAUCAUUUGUGUGUGUGUGUGUGUGUGUGUGUGUGUGUGUGUGUGUGUGUGUGUGUGUGUGUGUGUGUGUGUGUGUGUGUGUGUGUGUGUGUGUGUGUGUGUGUGUGUGUGUGUGUAUUUGUGGAUAUGUGUACAUGUUUGAAGAAUGGUUAAUUGCUCCAGAUGGAUGGUACAAGUGAGAAGGAAACAGUCCCAGAAGUCCUCUUGAUUUCAGUAAAUAUUGAUUUUAUUGGAUCUCCUCAUGUGUAAUGUCUGUAAACCAAAGAUUAAUUAAGCUGAUGGUUAAGUGGUUGCUCUCAAUAUUGCUGUCUCUUCGGACAGUGCACAGACUACUCUUGAGGGUUUACUAAUAUACAGAAAAAAAAAGUUGGUGUGCAUAGUUGUUAUGCAUCAGAAGUGCUUCACAUACUAGACAGCUAGUAUAUGUCCAGCUGAGUAUGUUAUGGUGGUAUCCUAUAUAUUGCCAUGAGUUUGCCUGCAAUCCAGUAAGUCUCAAUGGGAAUUAAGGUUAAUGGGUUAUAUGGAUGAACCCUGUUUGGCUGUUGUAGAGCCCACCCUUUUAUAUUUUUGUUCAUUGCCUAGGUCUUUAAAAACACUAUUUUGUGGUUGAAAUGUUUGUUUAUCAGGGCAUGUCCUUGCAUUGCCUUCAAGUUCAGCUGCCUGUUGAGCCUAUGCAGAUUGUGGCAAUGAUUUUGGCUUCUCUAGUUGUGAAACAUUUCAUUGUGGUAAUUUCCUGAGCUUUGGGUAAGGGUUGAUAAUUCCUAAAGCCUGUUGAAAAGUUAAGGAACUUUUUCUUGUAUGCAAAAUGAUUAAUUAUCAUGGUUAAAAUAUGAGUUGUAUAGGCUCAUCACUAAGCACUGGGCUGCUUUUUUCUUUCUUUUUUUCAAUCAACGUACAAAGGCCUUGUGUUUUUGUUUGUUUUUCCAAGAUUUUGUGAGUCUGCUUCACUUUCAUACUGAGUCACAGGAAUUACUAAUUAAUAAUGCUAUCUUGCUAUUGUUGGAGGUCUUUUUGUUUUUGAAAGUGAAAAAAAUAACGUUACAUAGAUAGCAGUUUGUCUUAGCAGGCAGCUGUGCCAUGCCUCACUAGACUUCACACAGGCUGUAAUGCAGAUGACAUCACAAUGACCCUUAAGAACCUUAAGAAUCUUUCAGAUGUCUUCAGAAUACAGUGUUGAGAAAUUUGUAGGAACUUCAUUUUAGUUUAAUAAUUUACAUUAUUAUAAUAGCAUUAUCAGUGGGUUUAUCAGAAUAACCAGAGCCCUAUUGAAAAGAUAUGCAACUUUCAUAUUAUGUAUCAAGGUUAGAAAUUUAAUUUUGUAGGUUCUUUGUUUUUCUUUUCUUUUCCCUUUAUUAUUUUUUUCUCUCCCCUAAUUAACGUACAAAGGCCUUGUCUUUUAUUCCCAACAUUUUGUGAGAGUCUGCUUCACUUCAUAAUGAGUCAUACCUAGUUCUAAUUAACAUUGCUACCUAACAAUUGUUGGGGGUUUCAUGUUAAUUCAAGGUCUUUCUGUGUUUGAAAGUGAAAAAAAAUUUACAUAGAUAACAGCAUGUCUUAGCAGGCAGCUGUGCCAUGCAUCACUAGACUUCACACAAGCUGUAAUGCAGAUGACAUCAGUGACCACACAGUGACCCUUCAAAACUUUACAGAUGUCCUCAGAAUACAGUGUUGAAAAAAAUUUUAGGCAAUUUGUUUUAGUCUAAUGAUUUUCUUUAUUAUAAUAGCAUUGUCAGUAUUGGGAAAACACUAGCAUUGUCUUCCAUCACGGUUUAUAUGUAAUUAGAGUGUCUUGGCUGGAAGGAAGGUCAGAUUCCUAUAAAAUUUACUUGAUUUUCAGCAUUAACAUAUUGAAAUAACUUUGAAACCACGUGUAUCUCGUGCAGCCAGAUCAUCACUGUCUUCUGAAGGUGCUUCUGGUUUACUUGAAGUGGGUAUAUUCCAAACAAAUUGUGUGCAAUGUUUUAAGGCAGUUGAAAAGACCAAUGUAAUCUGCAAUAAAGUUUACUGCAAAACUUGCAGACCACAAGGAGUA